UUGUAACCCAAGAGAACCCUGAGAGACCAGACCGGACUACGCCACCACCCUACUCACUUAGUUAGCUAGCACGACAAGAAUUACUAUGGCCCGGUCGAUAGAGCCACUGGUGGUCGGAAAAGUAAUCGGAGACGUGGUCGACAUGUUCACUCCGGCUGCCAAUUUCAUUGUCCAUUACGGCUCCAAACAGGUCGCUAAUGGCUGCGAAAUUAAGCCCUCUGCCGCCGCCGACAUGCCCUCUGUCCAGAUUCUUGCUCCUCGCCCCGUCUCUACCAAUCUCUACACUCUUGUUAUGGUUGAUCCUGAUGCCCCUAGCCCCAGUGAACCAACAAUGAGAGAGUGGCUCCAUUGGAUCGUUGUAGAUAUCCCAGAGGGAUCAGAUGCCACCAAAGGGAAAGAAUUUGUACCGUACAUGGGGCCUCGGCCACCAAUAGGAAUUCAUCGAUACGCAUUUGUGCUGUUUAAGCAAAAAAGUGCGAUGAUGGUGGGCUGUCCACCUCCAAAUGCCCGUGCCAACUUUAGUGCCCGACAGUUUGCCGCUCAAUACGAACUUGGCCUUCCGGUUGCAGCCGUGUAUUUCAAUUCACAGAAGGAACCCGCUUCUAGAAAACGUUGAUCAUUAUUUUGUUUGGUGUUUGAUGUUGUUCUUGAAUUGCAAAAAAAAAGAUAAAAAAUAAAAAAAAACAGGUAGAAUUUAGGUCAUGUUUCUUAAUUUUAUGCUUGGAUUGGUUUGUGCUA